UUUGCAGCUGCAGAAACCCCAUAGAUGUUGAAGCACUCGCGGCGUCAACUAGCCGCCAUUUUACAUUAUCGGGACAGGAGUGAAAACCCGACCUACCCCGGGAAUCGUAGAUUUUUUUUCUUUUUUUUGUAACACCCUGAAAUCAGACAAAAUCAACACCGUGCACCUUAGUGAACUAUCAAAUGAUGUCUGGGGACAUGGUGACUGAUCAAGUAAAUGGAAAUGGUACAGAAGAACCAAUGGACACAACUACAGUGGACACAACUGCAGCAGAAAUUAAACAUUCAGACCAUUUCCAGACUUUAUUAGACGCUGGUUUACCACAGAAAAUUGCUGAAAAAUUAGAUGCAAUUUACGUAGCAGGACUGGUAGCACACAGUGACCUAGAUGAAAGGGCUAUUGAAGCGUUGAAAGAAUUUAAUGAAGAAGGUGCUCUGCAAGUCCUGCUUCAGUUUAAGGAAAGUGAUCUGUCGCACGUGCAAAACAAAAGUGCGUUUCUCUGUGGAGUAAUGAAGACUUACAGACAGAGGGAGAAGCAAGGGACCAAAGUUUCAGAUUCCACAAAGGGACCAGAUGAGGCAAAAAUAAAGGCUCUGCUUGAUAGAACCAGCUAUACACUUGAUGUGACAACGGGUCAGCGCAAGUAUGGAGGCCCCCCCCCAGAGUCUGUGUAUUCAGGUUCUCAACCCACUAUUGGAACAGAGAUAUUUGUUGGGAAAAUUCCUCGAGACUUGUUUGAGGACGAGCUGGUGCCGCUCUUUGAGAAGGCGGGACCUAUCUGGGAUCUACGUCUAAUGAUGGACCCACUUAGUGGCCUGAACAGGGGGUACGCCUUUGUCACUUUCUGCACUAAAGAGGCUGCCUCAGAGGCAGUAAACCUGUGUAAUAAUCAUGAAAUACGCCCUGGCAAGCACAUUGGAGUGUGUAUAUCUGUUGCCAAUAACAGGCUGUUUGUCGGCUCCAUCCCCAAGAGUAAAACGAAAGAGCAGAUGGUUGAGGAGUUUGCUAAAGUCACAGAGGGUCUUAAUGAUGUCAUACUGUACCAUCAGCCGGAUGACAAAAAGAAGAACCGAGGUUUUUGCUUUUUGGAAUACGAGGACCAUAAAACUGCUGCUCAGGCCAGACGCAGGCUGAUGAGUGGCAAGGUGAAAGUCUGGGGGAAUGUGGUUACUGUGGAAUGGGCAGACCCCAUCGAGGAACCCGAUUCAGAGGUCAUGGCCAAGGUCAAAGUUUUGUUUGUCCGAAACCUUGCGAACAGUGUUACGGAAGAAAUACUGGAAAAAUCAUUCGGCAAGUUUGGUAGACUGGAGCGAGUGAAAAAGCUGAAAGAUUACGCGUUCAUUCACUUUGAUGAGAGGGACAGUGCAGUCAAGGCAUUGGCUGAAAUGAAUGGCAAAGAUCUAGAGGGAGAGCACAUUGACAUAGUCUUUGCAAAGCCCCCUGAUCAGAAGAGGAAAGAACGCAAAGCUCAGAGACAAGCAGCCAAAACAAACAUGUAUGAUGAUUAUUAUUACAACUACGGCCCCCCUCAGUUGCCCCCUCCCACAAGAGGUGGAAGAAGUAGAGGUGGUGGUAGGGGAGGGUAUGCUUACCCCCCUGACUAUUAUGGCUAUGAGGAUUACUACGAUUAUUAUGGUUAUGACUACCACAAUUACCGUGACGGAUAUGAGGACCCCUACUACGGCUAUGAUGACUAUCAGGCUCCCGCUAGAGGAAGAGGGGGCAGAAGUGCCUGGGGGCCAUCACCAGCCAGAGGCCGAGGCGGUGCAGGUGCUUUCAGGGGCAGAGGUGGCUUCUCACCGCGUGGCGGUCCAGGAUCAAGCAGAGGAGGUGUACGAGGUGCCAGAGGAGGUGUGCAGCAGAGAGGCCGCGGCGGGCAGGGAAAAGAGGUCGAGGCCGGUCCUGACCUGUAACUAUGAAGACUGACCUGCUACUUACUGUAUGUGGGGGUUACACCAGGAAGCUGCCAAUGGAAGUGAUGGUAAGGUCAACUCAAUGGUCCAAUGAUAUUCCAGCCUUAAAGCAGCAUAUCUCCCAGAACUGCUACAGGAGAAGAUGAUCAAAAGAGAACUCAAAUCACUUGCUUGGACUUUUUUUUAUAUUAACUUGUCACCUUUCCCCAUAUCCCCAAAGAAAAUGCAAUUUUAAAUGACUGAAGAUGUUGAGAUUUCCCAGGGGACUCUUCAUCCUGAAAUGAAAUGUAAUUAUGUCUUUUGCACUUUGUCUAAGUUUGAAGUGGCUCAGAGGAGCUUGAUGCUAAUGUACAUUUGUGUGGUUAAUGCAGCUUUAUGCUGGAAUAGACAUGUUUUGAUUUUGGAUUGGUUUUAAGAGAAUGUUCUAAGGCGUAAUCCCCUGGCGUAAAUAGUCAGGCAUUCCAGGAAGGUGGUUAUUUUCAGAAUUUAUUUUAAAGGGUUGGUUAACUACAGUGGUGAAAAAAAAGUACUGAAUUGUCAUACUUGAGUAAAAGUAAAGCUAUGUUAAUUAGAAAAUGACUCAAAUAAAAGUGAGUCACCCAGUAAAAUUCUACUUGAGUAAAAGUAAGUAUUUGGUUUUUAAAUAUGUUUAUUUAUAAAAAGUAUUUGAUAACAUGUAAUUCAGUAUCAAAAGUAUACAUUUCAAAUUCCUUAUUAAGCAAGCCACACGGCACCAUGUUCUUGUAUUUUUAUUUAUUUACGGAUAGCCAGGGGUACACUCCAACACUCAGACAUAAUUUACAAACGAAGCAUUUGUGUUUAGUGAUUCCGCCAGAUCAGCGGCAGUAGGGAUGACCAGGGAUGUUCUCUUGAUAAGUGUGUGAAUUGGACCAUUUUCCUCUCCUGCUAAGCAUUCAAAAUGUAAGAAGUAGUUUUGGAUGUCAGAGAAAAUGUGUGGAGUAAAAAAGUACAUUAUUUUAUUUAGGAAUGUAGUGAAGUAAAAGUUGUCAAAAAUAGUAAAGUACAGAUAAGCAAAAAAUUGACUUAAGUAGUACUUAAAAGUAUUUUUACUUAAGUACUUUACACCACUGGUUAACUACCUCUGUACAGAGGAUUCAACUGCCCUGUUUGUACUGUAAAUAGGAAAACUUCAUUGAUGAAAGAAGGGCUUGUUCACCCACUAAAUAUUAGGACUGUGAAGGUACCAGUAUCGCACAAUUUUUUUCCCAUGGCAAAAAUAACAACUACUAUAGCUUGGAAAGUAAAUACAUGUGACUGGAUGACACCAUAAUGUUUUUUUCCAACCAACAUUAGGGUUUUGUAUUGUGGCAAGGAAACGAGUAUCGCGAUACUGGUAUCAUUCCGGCCCUACUAAAUAUGCACAAGAGCAACAGCAGAGCACAUGUAGUUUUAUUAUAGGUGCUGCAUGCUAUUUGUCUGACGCUGCGAACAGUCAAACGCUGCAUGUUAAAUAAUCUCAUGUAAUGAGCCUGAAUGAACAAGCCUUGCUUUCAUCUAGGCUGAACUGAAUUUGCGGUGUGCUUCUUCAGAUAAUGUAGUUACUGGUUGUAUUAAAGUUUAGGAAAAUGUUACUUUUGUAAAAGCUUGAACACCAGAAAAACAUUUUUCAAGCUUUAAAGUGUCCCUUUCUUUGCUCAAUGGGAUAGGAAGUCUUAACUUUUGUAUAUAAUCGCAUCUCUUUUGUAAGGUUGCAUACACUAAUGUUUGAAAGCCAUCCACCUACUUUGUGUACAGAUAUUUGCCUAAUCAUGUUGUACAACUUGAGCAUUGAUCAGACAUCCAACCAGCUGCCUUUUUGUCACAUUUGACAAGUGUCUUCAAUCUGCAUCAUGUUGAACAUAUGAUUAGUAGCGGAGUUAGCUGGAUAUGACUGGUUUUAUCCAGUUCAAAAAGGAUGUGGCAGCUUUUUUUUUUAAUUGCAUAAAGGAUACUGAAUAACUUGAUCAGGUUUUGUACACAGUUGACUCCCUCAGUAAGUCCCGUGUUAAAAUAUUGUUGGCUGGCUAACAAGUGUUUUUUUUUUUUUUUUUUUUUUUUUUUUUGCAGUCUUGCAAAUAAAUUGUUUUAUACUGUAAAUUGAGGUGAGUAAUUUAUUAAAAUAAAAAUAAAGUCUUGAUUUGAUUGUA